AGUGUUUUAAGGAGGGAAGAGAGUGAAGUGAGUUGUCUAUCUUCAAGACAACAAGUAACGGUGGAGUUCCUCUUAUGAACCUCACCCAGCUGAGUUUUAACAGCAGUCAAACCUCAUUAAAUGUUCAAUGUAACUGGUAUAACUACUGCCUCCUUUCUUUUUGUUUUUAACCCACAACCCUAGUUUGUAUUUACUGCAAGUCACUCCUACUCACUUCCCAGCUGCGAAUAAAACCAGUUAGACCUGAUACCACAGUAAAUAAAGGGUCCUUGAUUCUAAUGUUGAUUCUCCCAAAUUUGUUUUCCUUUUCGUAUUGUUCCUUUCACUACUCUGCCUCCCCUCUGCGCCUUUCUCUCUCUCUCUCUCUCUCUCUCUCUCUCUCUCUCUCUCUCUCUCUCUCUCACGUUGUGGUCAGAACCCCCCAUAACUGACCUCCACCACCACCGCCACCACCCCCCAUUUAUUCACCUCCUGCUCAUUCCUUUUAUCCACCCCCAUCACAAAUUUAACCCAAAACCUCCCUCUCUCCCUCUCUCUCUCUCUCUCAUUUGCUUGUUGUGUUGGAAGUUAAUUUCUCAGAAAUUAGCUAGUGGGAAUUCAACAUUAUAUUGUAUUCCUGGAAGCUAGGGUUCUAAUCUGGGUGACGACUUCAUGGUGACAUGAUAUGCAUAAAAUAUUUUAACUACCAUGAAUAAUUACUCCCUUUAUCUUCUUUUCAAAGUCCCCAGAGCCAUCAUGCUUCUGCAUUUUCUUAUCUCUUCAAUUCCAGCCGCCUCUUGUUUUACUACUCAUCUGCCUUCUCUUCGGGGAAUGUUAUUUGAGGAGAAAACCAGGCUAGGAUCCAAACCACCAAGCUGCCACAACAAGUGCAACGAGUGCCACCCAUGCAUGGCGGUUCAAGUGCCCACCAUGCCCAGCCACGACCGGCAGAUCGAACCGGGCAUGACCCGAACCAUGUCCAUGAUGUUCUUUGACCCAUCUCAUCCAGAUGCGUGGCCAAUCACCAUACUAUAUGAUACAUCACUCUCUUCCCACCGGUUCUCCCUCGUAUCUUUCGGUUCGUGUAACAAUCUCCAUCGAACUGAGCAAAAUGCCUCCGCACUCAAAUUGUGAUGUGGGACAGUUUCAGGGUUACUUUGGGAAUAAUAUCAUGGAUUCUUACUUUUCGAUUUUUCUGCCUAGUCACCUCCUACAACUGCAUGAUCCGUGCCCUAUGGAGUAUAGAGUAUAGCCACCUA